AUGUCUGGCCCCCACACACUGGCUUGGGUUAAGUCCACCGUGAUGAUUCCCGAAUCCCAGAAGCUUCUGAGAUGUGAACUGGAGUCACUCAGGUGUCAGCUACAGGCCCAGACCAAGGCUUUCGAGUUCCUAAACCACUCAGUGACCAUGUUGGAGAAGGAGAGCUGCCUGCAGCAAAUCAAGAUCCAACAGCUAGAAGAGGUGCUGGGCCCCACAAGCCACCAGGCAGACAAGGAGAGACACAAGUGGGACGUGGAGGAGGGAUGGCAGGAGCUAUAUGAGGCCCUGGCUAAAGGCCUGCAGGGGCUGCAGAAGACCCUGUAUGACAACGAGGAGGUGUAGCGGGCCUGUACCACCUGCUGUCUACAGCUGUUGGCGCAGGAGAUCCAGGACAGCAAGAAGUUCUUGUGGGAGGAGCUGGAGCUGGUGUGGGAGGAGGUGACCUUCAUUUAUCAAAAGCUACAGGCGCAGGAAGAGGAGAUCACGGAGAACCUGGUGAACAUCCAGAAGGUGCAAAAGACACAGGUCAAGUGCCGCAAGGUCCUGACCAAAAUGAAGCAGCAUGGGUAUGAGACAUCCAACCGUCCAGAGACUGAGGAGUUGCCACCAGGAGGCAGUGGCUCCUGGAGGGAUGACCUCCAGAAGGAGCUGGGUGACAUAUGGUCUGCUGUGCACCUGCUGCAGAACUCCUUUGAUGGCCUCGCCAUAUCCUCAGGGCAACACCCUAGGGCCGCGAGCUUCAGGGCACCCACCAGGGUCCUCCCUCCCAACCUCCAACCUUCGUUCCCUCCCGAAUCUAUUCUAAAACGCCCUGCCCCAAAGAGCAACAGAGGCCCCGCCCCGGAUCACGCUAAUGAGACUCCGCUAGGCCCCGCCUCACGGGUUAUGCAAAUAAUGCUCCCGGAGGCCCCGCCCCUCUCCCCGCCGCGGAGUCUGCGCUGCGCGGCGCGGCGCGGCCCGGCCGGCCGACGGUGUCUCUCUCUGCGUUCGCUCGCUGGCCGGCCGUCUGUCUGUCAGUCCCGCCGCGCCGGGGCCGUCUAG